ACGUGGAAUUCGACGUCAAACCCAAUAUUUUGUUUGCGCUCGUGACACACAGCAUGUAUGUUGUGGAAUCCGGGAGCUGUUGUUCCGCGCGGUUGACGUCAGAACAUGAUGCAACACUGGCUGAGCGCUGAUUGGCCCGUCUCCCAGAUCUGCGCGCUGAUUGGUCAGGUCACCAGGUCAACCCGCCCGCUAUCCCCCAAAACUUCCGGCUGUCGCGGAAAAUCCUCAGAACUAUUUCCUCGCUUCUCGUGGUGGUUUUUACCGACAACACUCGUUUUUUCUGAUCACAAAUUUGUACUUCUGGCUAUCAUGGCACCGUCAACAAGCGAUCCAGGCGGCGAACAGACUGAUCUGUGGGUGUUUGGGUACGGUUCCCUGACGUGGAACACUUGCUUCCCGUACACGGAGCGAGUAGUGGGGUCCGUGCCUGGCUUCUCCCGCAGAUUCUGGCAGGCCAACACCGUACACAGAGGGACUCCCGACCAGGCUGUCACGUGGGGUGUGGCGUACCAACUGAAAGGUCGAGGGCAGGUCACGAGGGCGCUGCAGCACCUGACCAUCCGAGAGGGGGCGCUGGGAGGCUACACCACGGAGGUGGCUCGCUUCAUCCCAGCGGACGAGUCCCUUCCAUCGCGCGACGUUUUGGUCUACCUGUCCACUGAAGAAAAUCCGCUGUAUCUCGGUCAUUCCACGCAGCAGGAGACUGCAGUAGCCAUCGCAGCCGCUGUGGGGCGCUGCGGACACAACGCCGAGUACCUCUUCAAGCUUUCCCGCUUCAUGAGGACAUCCGUUCCCAUGGUAACGGACGACUACUUGUUCGGCUUGGAAGCCAUGGUGAAGAAUCUACUCGGCCAGGAGCGUGCACAGGAGCUGGAAACUUCUCAGACAGUCGCGGAUGAACUUUCUCUCACCUGUAGAAAAGACUCUGUCCCAAUGCCCUGCCGGUUCGAAUAUCUGCCUUGUAGAACUGUCGCAGAGUGCCAAAGAAUCGAAACGCGACCCGCCUCAGAGUCGGGCUAGUGCAAGUCUUUAAAAAAAUCAUUGAUUUAUGAUGACUUGUACAUAUAUUUAUGCGUAUAUAUAUAUAUUAAUAUAUAUCACUUUUACCUCGAUGUAUAAAAUCAUAUUCAAAGUGAUAAAAAUUAUUUCCCAGUCGUAUGGCUGGACCAAUAUGUGGAAAAUCAUGCACAAUGUGCUAAUGGUGGCAAUAAUAUACGGAUACUUGUUGCCUAAAACAAAAGUGUUACAAUGUAAUUAAUUAAGAUCAGGUUACAAGUAAUUUGAUAACCAACGCGUACACCUGUUGGAAGCUUCGGAGAAAGAAGCAAUAAAGAAGAAAUAGAACACUCGUAGAACUUG